CGUCACGGUGCGGAAAAACUCCAACACUAUUGAACAAUAUAGUGGAAAUUCGUAUCAGGUGAAUAAAGAAUCAAGGGGAGUGCUGUUUGUAAGAAUCUGCUUGUGUCUUAAUAGAAACGGAAAAGACUUUCCAAGAUGAGCACCCGAAAUCAUCGGCGUAAACCAGAAGAGACGCAGAGAACAAAACUUUUUACAGAGAAUUUUGAUUGCAGGAUUUGCCAACUUAAUUUUACAAGUGAAGGUUAUAAGAAGAUACAUAUUGAAAAAUGUAGAAAGGUUGGAACAUUACAUGGAGGUAUUCAUAUAGAAUAUCCACAGAAGAGGGUUGUGUGUCUGGAAGAUUAUUUUUAUGACAAGGAACGUACUCUUCCACUUAUCGGCUUAGACUAUAUUUAUAGGACUGAGUUCAAUACCAAAAUAAAACCUACAUAUACAUGCAAGCUUUGUUGUGUUAACUCCGAACUCCAUUCGAUCAUGCAGCAUCUUACUGGGCUUAAGCACUUGAAAACGUAUUUAACCACAAAUAGACCACACUUGUUAAACGGCUUAAAUUCCUUUCAAUACAACUUCGACAAGAUAAGCUUUCUGAGACAAAGGGGAAAUCUUUUGGAAAAACAAGAGGGAGAGAAAUACAUUAAGAUUCGAUGUUUGUCAGAAGCUGACCAAAGUAGUCGCGCAGCAGAGGCUCCACACAUACGAUCGAGAGUGGUAAUGGUUAACUCUUCUGCAUUUCCACCUACACAAAUACCAGGUACUAACUCAAGAAAAGUCCUUGAAGAAGUACCUUUACGUCCUUCGGUUCCUGAAGAAGUACCUUUACAUCCUUCGGAUAUGAAAUUAAAAAAAUUAAAGACUUCAAAUUUCUUGGAUAAGAAUUUAAAACAACCAGAAACUUCAAGUUUCCUGGAUAAUAAAUUACAACAACCAGAGACUUCAAGUUUCUUGGAUAAGAAAUUAAAGCAACUAAAGACUUCAAAUUUCUUGAAAUAUUUUAAAAUAACUUCACCAUCGGAGGCUUCUAUUCUCCUGAACCUGUCCGAGAGCUUGAGUGACACUUUAAAGCAGUAUCAUCAACAGCAUCUACUGGAAGAUAUGAACAUUUCAAAACGGCAAAGGAAAAGGCAAAGGAAAAGAGAUCGUGACCAGAUGCUCUCAGAUUUUGAACCACAAGUAAAGAAGCUACGAAAAGAGGAUGACAUUGAUACAUUUGAUCAGUCUCCAUCUACGUCUUCACAUGCAAGAGAUUUUUUAAGAAAUGAACCAUACAAAGCCAGGUAUUCCACUUACCAAGAUAAAACAAAAGAUAAUGUCCAGUACAGCAGAGAGGAAUACAGAUCAACUAGGAAUGACAAAGAGUAUUCAUCAUCCCAGUCUGACAGGAGGUAUCGCAGAUCACCCAGCUAUGACAGAAAAGGUCGCAGAUCACCGAGCUACGACAGAAAGGGUUGCAGAUCAUCCAGCUAUGACAGAAAGGGUCGCAGAUCAUCCAGCUAUGACAGAAAGGGUCACAGAUCAUCCAGCUAUGACAGAAAGGGUCGCAGAUCAUCCAGCUAUGACAGAAAGGGUCGCAGAUCAUCCAGCUAUGACAGAAAGGGUCGCAGAUCAUCCAGCUAUGACACAAAGGGUCGCAGAUCAUCCAGCUAUGACACAAAGGGUCGCAGACCAUCCAGCUAUGACACAAAGGGUCGCAGAUCACCCAGCUAUGACACAAAGGGUAGCAGAUCUACCGGCUAUGACAGAAAGAAUAACAAAUCGUCCAGCUAUGAUAAGCAGAGUGGCCGCUCAUCUAGCAGCACAUCUAGCAGCACAUCUAGCAGCACAUCCAGCAGCUCAUCCAGCAGCUCAUCCAGCAGCUCAUCCAGCAGUAAGGAUUCUAAAUCAACCAGCUACAGCGAACAUUCUAAAUCAUCCAGUGACAGCAGAGCAAAUUACAAAUCAACAAAUUCUGUGUUGCCUUCACAACCUCAGUUUUCACAAUCUCCCUCUUCAAUCAGUACACAAGGAAAUCCUUCUCGAUCUCUUACACCAGAUAUCAUUCAUCUUCUAAAAGGGAAGACUGCGGAACAAGUAACUGAAACACUGCAAAUCUUGGCAUUUAUAUUUCCGUCUCUUCAGGGUGUGGAUCAUGCAGAAAUCACAGAAAUUCUUUUUCAGACUGGCAUAUUAGAUUAAGUCUCUAAAGCAGCAAACAUAUAUAAUUUAUUUUACAAAGCAACUUGUGGACUGGUUCUGAACUUUAUGCAUUUUUAUAAUAAUGUAAAGUUAUCAUUAAUGGUUUUGGAAGUAUUUCUUCAAAGGUCUCUGCUGAUUGUUUUCAAAGUUAUGACAACUAAAGUAAUGUAAGCAAUAAACUAAAUAAAAAUUGCUCCGUGUGAAGUUGCUUUACUUGAAUUCAUGCUGGUCAGAAAUAAAAAUGAAUAUUAGUACUUUAAAUUGUAAUGCUUAAACAAUACUGUGUGUGUUAAUUUUUUUUUAAUUUGUCAUUCUGUUUUGUUUUUAGGUUCAAUUAAAAAUGUGUAUGUUUGGUUUUGUUAAAAAAAAGAAAAGCCAUUAUGAAUUGCAUGGAUAAUAAUUUUGUUUAAUGAUCCCUCUGUUGUGAAAUUAGACUGUUCUGUCGUAUUGCACUCUGUUAAAUCUAGGGUGUCAAAUAUUGUGUAUAUAGUUCCAUACUUUAUUAUAAAUAAUUGCUGAACUUAACACAUUUUGAGAAAUAAAAAAAAAAGAUUAA